GUUCAGGUUACGAUCAACCAACAUGGCGUCCUGUUGACUGUUGUUGUCUUCACCCCGAGUGAUGAAUGUGAGAGCACACUAAGGGCCGGAGGAGGAAGUGACUAGUGAGACAUGGGAGCCCAUGCAUCCAUACCGGAUAGGCUCCAGCCCUCGUCCCGUUCCGCAUUGUCUCGUGCUUCUCACGCAUAUCCUGUGACUGAAGCAAGUGAAAACGGAGCCAAGGAGAAAAAGAAGAAAAGCUCAAAGUUCGCAACGCUUCGUAAGAAACUCAUACGUGUUCGCCGUCAUAGCAGAUCUCUGGACCACGGCAAAGUGAUCCGGGAGCUGUUGUCCUCGUGGUCUGUUCAAGACGUGACCUCGCUGGUGCAGGAGUAUGAAGCCACCGCUGCUCUGAAGGAACUGGCCCUAGCGGCAAGCCUUGCCAGACCCUCAGCUCACUCUCUUCGGUAUGACCUGUCCCGGUUGUACGACUGUAAAUUCUGUACAGAUGUUGAUUUAAUCUUCAAGAACAACUGUUUCCCUGCUCACCGAGCCAUUCUUUCAGCCCGGAGCCCUUUCUUCAAAGGGCUAUUGUCUCGCUACCCGGAGUUUGGGGCCCAGGUCCCCGUGAGACUGAAGACCCCUGGGGUGGAUGUGGGCCUUUUUUCUGCUCUGUUGCGGUACCUGUAUACAGACGAACUGGGGGGUGAUGAUGUCACGUUAGAAAACAAUGAGUUGCUGGGCAGGCUGGCCGGGGAGUUUGGGGUUCCCAACGUUCUUGAACACGACAUGAAGCUGCUACUGGACAGCACGGAACUCAUCGAUGCCGUUAUGGUGUUUGCCUCUGACUCUGACCACUGCGACCCCAUCCCUCAGGGAGGCUUUGACGGACAGGCCAUGACUCAGAGCAUGCACGGGCCCCAAAGGACAUCUAGAUUUGAGUUCCCGUGCCACAAGGCCAUCAUCGCCUCCCGAUCGCCGUUUUUUAGAAACUUGAUAAACCGCCGGGCAAAGUCUGGGGAGGAGCUGACGGAGCGGGCCCUGCGCACGCCAUCCAGGAUCGUCCUGGACGAAUCGGUGAUCCCCCGCCGCUACGCCCGGGUUCUGCUGACUGCGCUGUACCAGGACACGGUGGACAUGAGCUGUGUGCUCCGGGGCAGCCCCAGCAUGUGCAGCCUCAGCGAGAUCCAGGCCAUGGUCUCCACGGGCCGUUGUCAGAUGACCGUGGUGGACGAGGCCAUGGAGCUCUACCAGAUUGGCCAGUUUCUGGAUUCACAAGUCAUUGCUCAGGGUUGUGAAGAUAUUAUUAUAGACAACUUAACACCAGAAUGCCUGAUUAAUGUGCUAACGUGGAGUGCAGAACCACAUGGGUCCAAGUGGGUUCACCGCCAGGCCAAGGCGUACCUCACCGAUGAGUUCCUUCAGAUUUCUCAUUCACCCAUGUUGCUGGAUCUGAGCAAAGACUACUUAAAAGAAGCCUUAACGUCGGAUUUCCUUCAGUGCGGCGAGCAAGACGUUUUGGCCUGUGUGAUACGAUGGGGAGAACACCAGCUGAUCAAGCGCAUUGAGGAGAGAGAACCGAACCUGCUGUCGCACACGGCUCACAGCGUGGCCAAGAAAGGGGUGAAGAAGCGCGACCUGAACGACGCAGAGCUGCGGCAGCUGCUGUUGGAGGUGCUGGCCAUGGUGCGCGUGGAGCACGUGCUGCCCACCAACAGCGAGCUCCUGGCCACGGCCGUCAAGCGGGGCCUGGUGGAGUCGCCCACCUCCAGCCUCAGCCACGAGGACGCCGUGAUGCACAGAAUCGGCGCCUGGACCGGUCUCACUGACCGCGGGGUGUUCCUCAAGCCCAGGCUCUUCACUCCGUACUAUGAGGAAGCAAAGAACACCCUGGAGGAGAUGCUGUCUCAAGGUCACGACUCCAACAGCCGCGUGCGAGCCAUCCACAUGUCUGCCAUCCCGGACACGCUGUACAUGUUGGAGGAGCGCGAUGUACAGCUGCCCCUGCCCUACUCAGGAUCGCCCGUCUCUACCGUCGACAUCAUCGCCGGAACUAUACCUGUGCCCGACAGGACCACGUUUGUCAAGAUGCUGGAGCGAGAGCAGGAGCUGAUGCAGGGCAAGGUGGCCCAGAAGGUGGGCUCGCUCCCCUGCUGCGACAAGCGCUCGCUGGCCAUCAACGCCUCGCUCAGCCUCCAGCUGCGGGUGGUGCGAGAGUUUGGGCUGCCCGACAGCGCGGUGGAGGUGCUGCAGAACAGCCAGUAUUACUACACCAGCGGCAGCCACCGCCGGAGGCACUUCCACCACCCGGCCUGUCGACAGCCGCAGCUGCAGCAACAACAGCAGCAGCAGCAGCAGCAACAGCAGCAGCAGUACCCCCCACCGCAGCACCUUCAACUCCGCUUCCAGGACAGCCCCGACAGAAAUCUCCGGCCGCGGUUGUCCUACAGCGCGGCAGAGCACGAGCCCUGCAGCUCCAGCGCUCUGAGUGACGUGAUGCCCGACAUCGCCAUGGCAACCGCCAUGCUGUCACCGGUGCACAUGCACGAGGAAACCAUGGAGCUGGACAUAGGGGACGGUAGCAUGGAGAGACACGCCACGCUCUACAUCUGAGACACACGACACAUUCUACAUCUGAGACACAUUCUAUAUCUGAGAAAUGACACAUUCUGCAUCUGAGACACAUUCUACAUCUGAGACACACUACAUUCUACAUCUGAGACACAAUGCACCCUUCAUCUGAGACAAGCCACAUUCUACAUUUGAAGCACGAUACAUUCUACAUCUGAAGACACACUACAUUCUACAUCUGAGACGCACUACAUUCUACAUCUGAGACACACUACAUUCUACAUCUGAAGACACACUACAUUCUACAUCUGAAGACACGAUACAUUCAUCUGAGACGAGCCACAUUCUACAUCGGAGACAUGACGCACUCUACAUGUGAAAGACACGAAAUGCUCCGUAUCUAAAAGACACACGAGAGAGACAGGUUGUACUCUACGUUUGAGAGAUACAGUAUUCUCUACAUUUGAAAGCUGGUUGCAUUUCUAUUCUAAAGGCUGGUAUCGACUUUUCUGAAGGCUGGUAUGGGCUGUUCUUAAGGGUGCAAGUCUGCGAACCAUUUUCAUGACCUUUCAACGUUCAACAGAAGCGGGCUAGAAGAUCUGAGGAUUGGAACAAAUUUUCUAAUCGUAUCUUCUGAAUUAUUUUUUUUUUAUCCGAAUGUUUAAAAGUUGAAUUUCUUUUCUACAUAGUUGGUACCGCUCUUGAGGUCCCAAUAGUGAGAGGAACAGUGGCUGUGAUGGGAGGUUGCUGCGUUGGCUGGAUAUAUUGUCUGUAGUUCUAUAUAUUGACAACCUUUACAUACAAAGUGAUCAAAUCUGUACAGGUACCGUUGAGUCUGCUUAGCUUUUAAUUUUCUUAUUUGAACCUUGUGUUUUGUUAGCACACAGCAGAGGCUGGUUUACGCACCAGUAUAUAUAGUAUAUACUGUAUAUAUAUACUGGGGAAGAUUCACAGGUUGGUGUGCCCAGUGUAAAGUCGCAGUCAGGGGUAACCAUUUCUUUUUUGGUACCCAAGAACCCAAAGAAAGCUGGUUUAUUACUGUGUUAUCACACUGCUGAGGCUGGUUUGGCCACAAGUUGUACACCAGACCUGUCAAGUACUCCGAUAAAAUCGAAGCCCUCUCUAUUUUUUGUUCCCCCCCCCCCCCCCCCGCUCAUCAGAGAACCCUGGUAAAAUUUGCUUUUAUCUGAGAUUUUUUUCCCCCCUGAAUUUCUUUUCCGUCUUGCCCUAGGCGACAUUGUAAAUGACGUGAAAAUACAAGGGGGGUUGCGUGUACUUGCAGUAGGCUACAUGUUUAUUUGCCACAGUUGGUUCAUUACAUAACCCUGAGAUUCCGAUUAUUUUUUAAAGAUGAACUCAGUCCUAUUUUUUAGAAGGAUUUUGAGGAAAACUCUGAUUUUUUUGUUUUUUUGUCGUGGAGUAGUUGGCAGGUCUGCUUGCACUGAUUUGUGCCACCACAUUCUGUGAAAACCGAACAGGUGAAUGUGAAGGUGAAUGUCGUCCUUAACUCUAACACUGGUCAGAGUUGUACUCUAGUUUUGUACAUUGUGUUGGUAUAGCUCUGGACUCUGAGGCUGGACGACUUUCUUUCUACUUCAGCGUUUGGGUCAAGAUAAAAAUACAAAAGUGGGAAGACAUGGAAUAACAUCAAGAGGCUAGCCCAGGAUAGAGAAAGGUGGAAGGUGUUUGUCCUAGGCCUGUGUUUGUCCGUGGCCUAUACCCUGGUGCAGGGUGAGAAAGGCAAUGAUGAUGAUGAUUAAUACAAAAGUGAGAAAGAAACCUACUUGUUAUUGUUUGUCAGGAGAUUGAGCCUGUGUUUGGAUGUGCAUCCUCAGCUUUCCCCUGUUUAAGCCUAGAGAUAGUGUAAUGAAGCAGUGGUGACUGUGGGCUCAGUGUGUACCUGCCAGCAAGGUUGUUGGUUUUAUUUUUUUUCCAUUUUCAGAGAAUGAAUCGAUACUGAUUUAUUUUACUUUUUUGUUGCUUUCAAUUUUUUUCUCAGAAGUUUAAUGAACUGAUAUAAUGAUUAAUGCUACAUGUACGGUUUUAUCAGGAUGGAAUUAAUUAUUUUGCUUUUUCGUGGACUUUUGGUCAAUGUUUAUGAUAUUAGAGGCUUAACUGAAACUCCCAAAGUUUCGCCAUUUUCUCAUGAUACUGUCAAAUUUAUUGAUCUCAGAAGGUUA